UAAAAAGGAUUGGUCUGUUUCAUUUCUCACUCUCCAGAAAUGUAAUGGACAUUUAUUGAACAUUGAACAGAUUCUAUUCAUAUUUUUUUUCAAAUGUAUAUUUAAUUAUUCUUCUCUUUUUUCUAGGGAGAACAUGCUCACAAUUAAAAAUGCAUAAUUACACAUCUGAGUUUCUUCUUUUGGAAUUCUCAAAGAUUUGGGAGCUACAGAUUAUAUAUGUAGCCUUAUUACUAAUACUGUAUUUAAUUACAUUAAUAGGGAAUCUUCUAAUCAUCGUUGCAGUUGUUUCUGAUCACCGUCUUCACAUUCCCAUGUACUUCUUCCUAAUGAAUUUAGCCAUACAAGACAUUGGUUCAGUUUCAGUCAUUAUUCCCAAAGCCAUUUUUAAUUCCCUUACAAAUACAAGGCACAUUUCUUAUUCAGGAUGUGUUACUUAAGUUCUCAUGUUUGUUUUUUUUGUCGGUUCUGAUAUUGCUGUCCUAACUCUCAUGGCCUAUGAUCGGUAUGUUGCCAUCUGCAAUCCUUUACAAUAUGAAAUCAUAAUGAACAGGACAGCCUGCAAAAAAAUGAUUAGUUGUGUGUGGAUCACCAGCUUUCUCAAUUCUGUAAUGAACACUGUUGAAACUUUCAUUAUUCCAUUUUGCUCAAAUAUUAUCCAUCAGUUUUAUUGUGAAAUCCCACAUUUACUUAUGAUUACAUGCUCUGGGUCAUACAUAACUGAAAUUGAAGUUGUAUUGUUCAGUUCUACAUUAGGAUUUGGUUGUUUCGUAUUUAUUGUCAUUACCUAUGUGAAGAUUUUUGCUGCUGUUUUAAAAAUUCCUUCUAUUCAUGGAAGAAAAAAGACCUUCUCUACUUGUCUUCCACACCUCACUGUCUUUUCCAUAUUUUUGUUUACAGUUUUAUUUGCUUACCUAAGGCCCAUUUCUAACAAACCAUCAGUUCUUGAUUUUAUAAUUACAAUAUUGUAUUCCAUUAUUCCACCCAUGCUGAAUCCAUUGAUCUACAGCAUGAGAAACAAAGACCUCAAAGCUGCUCUUUCAAAAUUUCUCUGGUUGUUUGUUUUUGAAAAGACCUGUAACUGAAUAGCUUCUUCUUCAUCUAUGUCAAUGGGAAAGAGAAAAUGGAGAGAUGGGAAAUUAGAGUAAGAUUCUCAACAUUUACCCUUCCUUAAGGUAAAAUAUUGUGAUUAGGCAGACGAUGAUGAUUUUAAAUGUUAGUCAUUUCCUGAAGAGAUUUCAACUAAACAGGUGAAGGUUAUUUUUUCAGUUUCAGAAGUAAUUUGAAGACAACAGGUAUAAAAUGAAAUGAAAUGAAAUGAAAUGUAAAUGUAUAUAGUACAUUGUGCAUACAA